AUGUAAACUUCAUCUGCCUUUCACGUGAGCAAGUGCAAAGAAAUAUCAUAUUCAACAGUCUUAAAAUAGCUGCAUAAAUGUCAAAAUGGGUUGUGCUCCAUCAUCGCAAAGCCUUCAAGUCAGUGACAAUGAAACCCGUCUCCUGCAAGAAAUCGACCGCUUGAGAUUUGAACAGCAAACACAGCAAUUUGAAAUCAGCAAAUUGCGUCAAGAAAAUGAAAAACUGCGGGAAGGUCAAGUUAACGGUGCCCAUGACAACGUUGAGUUUGGUUAUGAGAUGACAGAAGAAGAUGGUGGCCAUGAGGUUCUUGUGCAGGAAAUUGAGAAACUAAAGCUUGAGCAACAUGAAAGGGACAGAGUGAUCAAUGAUCUAAGACUAAAUAAUGAGGAGUUAAAUAGGAAGCUCUAUGAGAAUGAACAACAAGCCCAGGUAUUUAAUUUUAUAAGGAGUUUGUCUCAAGUUCAUUAAUACAAAUGCUGUCAUCUUGUGUGAAGAUUUAAGUUAAGUGUUUGAUGUCAAUAUCCUUAAUGCAAGUAAAUUUUUUUUUUUACCAAUCCUUUUUUUGGGUUGUCUGUUUUAGUGUCAUGUUGUUUAGGGGUGAAAUAAAUCCUGUUGAGCCUUAUUUAGGUUAGUUUCCUUUAGGAGACAAUUUUGAUUUUGUGACCAAAAUCCAUAUUCCUUUUAUGUGGGGGUCCCCUCAAACCAUUUGCUUGGGUCUUAACAUAUCAAACUUCUUUAGAGAAUUGUUUUUGGGGGGGUGGGGAAGGGGAGGGGUUACAUUCUGUACAUUUCUCCAACAAAACAAACUAUUUCCAACUGGUUUAAAAUGUCAUAGUAGGCAAAAGAACUAUGACAUUCAAACUGUGAAUUGUGAAUUAACUAACCUGAUUUUUUUGUGUAUGUGUGUUUUCUAGUCCAUUCCCACAGCAUUUAGUCCAGGUGCACCCGCAAAAACUAGGAAUUUGCCCAAAGUUGGAGACCCAGUAAGAAUAAAUUAUUUUUUAGCUCAAUAUAUUAACUUUUUAGUUCUACCACCUAAUGUACUUGAAAAUAUUAGUACUGUCCUUACAUCUGUGAUCCUGUCUGGACCUUUGCAUUGCCUGGUUCUAUUUUCGUUUUGUUCUCUAUAAUCUGUUACAUGUAGAAAAUAAAAAGCUUUUUACCACAAUAAUGAGACAAUGAAUUUGCUUUUUCACAUCUAAGAUUUUAAACCAUGAAAAUGAAGACGUCAUUUCAACUAGUCCCAAAAGCUUUUUACUUGAAUUUCUUCUGCCCCAUUUCAAAAAGAUGACUGUUAACAGCAUGAGUCGAUAGCAAAAUCCAUUUGGGCUAUCGGACAGUUUCUCAAUUGCCCCAUUUAAAGAUACAGGUAAUUUGCAUCCAGUUCUAUUCUACAGGUAAUUCCCCUAGCAUAGAACAAACUUGUUUGUAACUUGUUUGAGGUGUUGAAAUUCCAUCUCCUCUAGGUGCUAGCUAUGUGGGAGGUGAGCCCAUGGCAGUAUUUCACAGCCACCAUUGUCUCAUUUGACUCCAAUACACUCCAGUACACCAUUGUGUGGGACGACCAAGAUCCAUCUGGCAGAAUUGUGGAUUACUACAAUCUGGCCCUGGAUCGUGUACCAGAACAUGAUGAGAUUGCCAUUGGAUCGGUUGUCCUGUUUCCUCAAGGGAAGUACAAGGGACAGGAGGGUGUGCGACUUGGUGGACAGCGCUAUCAUCAGGUCAAUGAAAUAUUUUAAUUAUUUUAUUUUUAUAGUUGCUCCUCUGUAUUUGAUAUUGAAUUAUCAUGUUUCUUUUUUGUUAUUUUGUAGGGAAGAAUAACCAAUGUUUAUGAUGGCCCUGGAGGUGAAAAACGUUAUGAUGGUGAACAUACCAAAGACGAUGCCGAUGGCAAAUGGAUUACUUACAAAGACUAUAACCGUUAUUUCUAUGGAUUAGAACUUCAUCAAUUCCGCAUCUCCCCCAAUGUGCUUGAAAUUCUUUCUGCCCAGAAUCCUGAGCCAACCAGUAACCAGCAGAGUAGAGCAACACACUCAAAUCCGUGUGACAUAUUCAUUUCGUACACAAAGGUAAGCUUAUUGACUGUGAUACUUACAGUUUUUGGCACUGUCAAAAUGUUUACAUUUUUGCUAAAUAUGAGUCACCAGUCGCGUCUCGUUUCCUGCAGCACAAUGUGUAAAGUAUUGUAUGCUAACAAGAUUCUCAUUACAUAGCAUGAGAUUUAGUGAAGUGGCAAUUUUUGGCGUAAAUUAUCGAAAGCCUGUACUACACGAAAACAACUAAUUUUGCAUUUACUACUUUUUUGGCACUGUCAUGCACUUAAACAAUAGAACUAUUCAGCUAACUCAAUGUUGUACCUAACUCAAAUCUCCUGGGGUUAAGAUUCUUUGUGUAUUGUAUUUGAAUUAUAAUGUGGCAUUCUCAUUUAAAUGAUAUGGAAAUUCGUGAAACAAACCGUUUUAUUCCCAAAGGGUUUGAAUUGCGUACAACAUUGAAGCCCUGAUUUUUUUCAGGCUUCUUCUUUCCAAUUGCUUAAAUUGGAAAAUUUACUGCGAUGAUCAUUCUUCACUUUCAUCGACAACCACAGUUCAAAAAUGAAUUAUUUCAUAUAUACUUACGUCAACAUUGAGUUAGCUGAAUAGGUCUAUUGUAUCCUACAUUGCAGGAAUUGCAUAAGGCACGAACUGAUUUUUUUCAACAUUCUUUUGUAUUAAAUUGUUUAAUUGACAGGUAAAUAGCCCUUCUGCUAUUAGAAACCAAGAGGUGCUGCCUUCCGAUGCCCCACCCAGUUACGACGAAGCAAUACUGUCCAGCAUUUGCGACCCACGUGACAUCAGAUUUCAACUGGAAAGUUGUGGAGUAACUUUGAAUAAGGAGAAACAAGGAGCUGAUGCCCUUAUUCAGACAGUCCAAGAGAUAAACACAGCCAAGGUGUUUGUGGCAUGCCUCAGUGAUGAAUACGUGAAGUGAGUGCUGCUUUAUUUGCAGAGCAAUAAAACUGUUUGCAUGUGUGAAAAGUGACUGAAUGCAUUCCGCAGGGUUUUGAAUGGCUCAGAGUUGUUUUAUCUCUACUAUCGCUCUUCUUGUUAGAUUGAUCCAGUUUUCCCAAAGACGGUCACAUUUUGGUUAUUCGCACUCUUUAUUAGUGUGACUAUUAACCGUGGUCUGGUAAGGGUCCACUAAAUAGUUAUUUGAGGUCUGAAUGUAUGAAAUAAAAUUAAAUAACUUAAGUACGUUUAGUUAAAAAAAAACACACAAGAUGAAUUUAGCAGGAAAUUGCUAUUAUUGAGGACACUAUUUUUAAGUCUCCUAAUGGAGACAGGACUGUCAUUUUACAUGGUCAACAGAGCCACGAAAAGGUGUAGCCAUUUGUAUGGCAAAGUGGUACUCUCAUUUCUCUCGGUUAUUUUAAGACCCAAAAUAUUGGUUCGGACCUCAGGAUUGAACCGGUGACCUUCUAGCCUGGGGACAAGCUCUCCAACUGGGGAAGUCAAGAGAAGUCACGCCAGAGCAGCCGCUCGCUCGUGUGUUCUCACGCUCGCUCACCAUGAUUGGAGAGCGUGCUUGCAAUCUAGUGACCUCCCAUUCUGCCGUUAAGUGCCCUACCGACUGAUCUAGUCCCCCUGCGGUUAGUAUACUGGACACUUCUUAUUAACCCCUAAGUGUUGACCUUUAGGGAUGAGAUUUGUCGCCAGGAGUUUCAAUAUGCAAAGAAAACUGCCAAGAAGCCAGUGAUCCCUAUUGUUGUGGGCAGUGGAUCAUUUGACUGGAUGAUGACAGUGGUAGGACUACUUAUCGCUGGUGAGAUUUAUAUUCACUUCAGUAACAAAGAUGUCCAGGAGGCUAAAAUGGCUGAGCUGCUGAAAGCGGUGAAGAAGAGUGUUCCACAGGUUGCUCUUCCUGGUGAAAUGGGAAGCGUGCAAGGUGAGUUUCACGUGAAUUGUUCUUGAAAUUAAAAAUAGUGGCAACCCCCCUUAAGUGACAAGAUUUGGGACUUUUCGAUACAUUCAUACUGCUUCGUCAUAACUGGGUGGGGCAUCGGUUGGAAAUUGAUGAUGGAGCUCACGUCACUGCAUCACUGCAGAGUGUUCUGUUUGAACCACCUAACUGUUAGAUAGGUGUUCUGUUCUGAAUACCGAAAACGCCGGUCACAUUUUUCAGCCGGUCAAAAAAGUGAAUUCCAUAGCCAGUAAGGGCAGGUAGUUGACAAUAAUCGACAGUAGAGAGCUUAAGCAACAACUACGGCGACAGUUACGAAAACGUCACUUAAAAGGUGAAUUCGCGCUGCUUUAAAGUUUAUCGCGGUUAUUACAUUUAUUUCGUUUACUUCGUCAAAUGCUGGCAAAUGUUUUUGGAGUUGAAUUCUGGAUGACUGUAUCAAAGUUCAAGAAAAGAAAAAGAAAGAUGUUGUCUUGUGUUCUCGUCCUCAACAAAACGUGAAUUUAGGAACUUUCACGUUGUAGUCGUGCAACCACGGCAAAAAAAUGUUCCAAAAAAGCGUGAUGCACCUGCAAAGUUUUUUUGCUAAUCUAAACUUAUUACUUUUUUGCCGUCCUCGUUGCCGUCGCCCUCGUCUUUGCUCAAGCUCCCUAAUAUGGACUGGACUGUCGUAUCUUAGCCCCUUCAAUAUGUGUUUUCUUUCCUCAGAUUUACGAACUUCAGAAGUGUCUGGACCAGGAACGAAGCCACUCAAAACUGCAGAUGUUUUUGUGAGUUACUGCUGGUCAAAUUCAGAAAGUGCUCACAGGUCUAAGCAAGUAAGUAUGACUUAGUCUGACAUUUUAGAACUGGAAAAUUGACAAAGGAUCGGAAAGAAACCCUGACAUGUAAUUUACCCAAAUUCAGCCGUUAGGAACUGACCACCAAACCGAGUGUAAGAACAUUUUAACCAAAUGAGUCAGAAAGAAAGAACACACGGAUGAAAAGUAAGAUUGAAACAGAUUACAAUUGGGGUUCUUGAAAUUUGCUAGUGUGAAAAAAGGGCCGACAUCUCGCGAUGCCACCACUGGUAUCCCCUCAAAAAAAAGACGUCUGAGAAACGAGCGUAGAGAUGACGUACUGAUGACUUGUCACUACCUUGAUCUGGGUAGUGCUUCUGAUUGGUUGAAGAAAUUUUUUUUUAUCAGUUAUCACAGAAGCAUAUUCUUCUUGUUAUCAUCAAUGAUUGCUUUGUUUCAUGUAUCCGUUGUUCCUUCUUGUUCCCGGUGUUCCCUCUUGUUCCCCUGUUCCCCGUGUUACCCCUUGUUCACCCUUGUUCCCCUUUGUUCCCUUGCUCCCCCUGUUACCCCUUUGUUCCCUUGUUCCCCUUGUUCCUCUUGUUCCCGCUUGUUCCCAUUGUCCCUCCUUGUUCCUCUUGUUCCCCCUUGAUCUCCCUUGUUCCCUUGUUCCUUUUGUUACCCCUUGUACCCUCUUGUUCCCCUUGUCCCCCUUUGUUCCCCUCGUUCCCCCUUGUUGCCCUUGUUCCCCUGUUCCCCUUGUUCAUUUACAGUUUACGACUUUGAAUGUUUGACAAUCACAAAUCUCAGUAAAUGAAAAAAAACGAUCACGGUUCAAGAGAAACCCCCUUAAAAGCCGGAUACCGAAUCAUAAACACGUUACCGAAAAGGUUCUUCAUCUGAUCUGGUGAAGACGGUUAGUAUGGGAAAUUCGAAAGUCGGGGCAAAAUUAAGAGAAAAUGAAACAAAUGUUUCACCCGAAUUACUCGGACUUUAUCAGCGUUGUGAAGUGACGGGUUGCGUAAGAGUUUUUUACAAUGUUUUCUACUCGAUAAAAAAUCAAUAGACAACUGAAAAAAUAAAACGGUGAUUGGUCUAAUCUAAACGGAAUCUUUUUUACCAGGUAAAGGAUUUCACUGGUUCUCCUUUUGCUGACGCCAGGAAAGUUCACGCAAGUCUUGCUAAUUUUGGCAAGUUCUCUUUGUGGAUCGACACGGAGCGACUUAAAACCACUAAUCAGAAUGAUGAGUCGUUGGGGAUGGUAAGUAGUGUUGUGUUACAAUAAUUGCGAAUUUAGAAAAGUGUGUAAUUGAACGUCAAAAAUAAAUCCUUUGGAUUGGGUGAAAAUCUCACACCGUCUUGCUUUCCCGCACUUUGCCACGCACCCCUCACUCAAAGCUCAGAUUGGUUCUGAUUGGUUCAUUGGAUUGUCUUUUGCCCUAGUCUCCCCAUAAUAUGGCCUGGUGUCGAUGCCUUAUUUGGGCUGAGUAUAAUGCCCAGGGGGUGCUCCCUUAUAUAAGCGACUUACGUAUGUGUCGCCCGAAAGUGUGGAGUUUUUGCGCCGUUUUGGUCUGAAAACGGUUAUAGAUUUUGCUCGUUUUGGGCUGGAAUCGGGCGUAGUUUUUGAGGGAACAACGGAAGUGUAUGAACGUAUUUAUCGUUUCAAUUCCAAAUGAGUAAGAAAGAAAGAGAAAUACGUAAAUUCGACAUUGAUUUUAAGAAAUCUUUUUUGUUAUUGUUCUAAUGUAAGAAAUGAUUUGCCUAGUCCCUAUACGGCGUCUUUCCAGGCCCUCUCGGUCAGUGCAUUUCGGUGACGUAUCCGAGACGAACGGCCGGGAGACGCCUCAAAAACUUUCUCGGACCACGUGACUCGAAACGCAUCGGCCGCGCAUAAUAAUGAGGCCUAGGGACUAGGCAAAGAAGUGAUGACAUAAUUUCUUAGAGGCCAGGUCUGAGAAUGGGUAUGGAUUUUAGAGACCGGGUCUGAAAUAGGGUCAGGAUUCGGAGAACCAGGCGGCACACCCCACCAAAAACUCCGAGGAGUACCCACCUGGGUUUAAUGUUGGUUCCCUUCUUUGCUCUGAGAGGGGUUUCUCUGGGUACUACGGUUUUCACCUCUCCUUUUGAAACCAACAUUCCCAGACUCCAAUUCCGUCUCAAAAAUGUCUGCAAUCAGUUGCGAACGCUCAGAGAGCGACAGGUAUAUCAGUUCUUGUAACUGUCACGAAUCAACCUCUACAAAUAACUUGAGUUAAGUUUGGUUUUUAUUUAUAGGUAGUAAAUUAAUAGUAUUAUUUUUUUACAUUAGUAGUAGUAGCAGUAGUAGUCAUUUUUUCCUUUUAUGUGUGUUUAGUUUGCGCAGAUCGCCGAAGGACUUGGAAAGGCUAAAGCAGUACUGGCCUUUGUGAGUAAACAGUAUGCAAACAGUGAAAACUGCCGAAUGGAAAUCCAGUUUGCUAUAAAGGUAGGCACAGUAAAAACAAUCUUGGGUAUGAGACUACCUUGGAAAAACAAAAGCCGUUGAUAUAUUUUCCUUAGAUCCUUGAGGCGAGGAUAUAUUUAUUUGUUAUUCUUCUACCACAGUAGAAAAUAAAAGAGAUUACAAGUAACAGAAAUUGGAAAGGGUUUAUGAGUAUAUAUGUAGCGCGACUUUACAGUAAUCAUACGUGAUUUGUUCUUUUAGUCUCUAAAGAAACCAGUGGUUCCGGUGAUCGUGGGCGCAGAUGAUGACUGGCAGAGUACAGUAGUGGGACUGCUGGUUGCUGGUCAAGAUAACCCUGCCAUUAACUUACAGAAUGUUCAGUCUGAACAGGAAUUUUAUCAGAAAGUACAAGACAUUCAGUAAGUGACCAGAGACAGAUCAGAGUGAAAGCUUUGAUUUUCUUACAUUGGAGAGGUUUGGUAUUUUUCGAGAGUAAUUUGAUAGGCAUUUGGUCUUUUUAUUUAAUCAUUUUUUGCGACUGGUUCACUUUGUCUACCAUUCACGAGCAAGACCAAAUACAUGGGUUGGUGGCCAGAUGUUGCAUGUCCCAUGAAACGUAUUGUCUUGUACACUUUGUCAAACUGGUGAAUUAUUCCAUUUUGCUUUCGUGUUUAGUACUUUCUAUUACCUUUCGGUUGAAUGUGAUAGGUAUAUAUGUGCUUUUUGAAUACAUUAGUGAUUACGGUCCGUGGAAAAACAGCAUUCUGUUCUCUUGCAGGGCAGCCAUUUUGCCUUUGCUUGGUGUUCGGGAGGAGUCCAGAAGCUACCGCGCACCUAGAAUCGGUGAUCACGUGAUUUCCCACCACAUGAAGUGGGCAUUCUAUGGUGCGACAAUCGCCAGCUUUGACCGAGAGACCAUGUCAUACACGGUGAACUGGGACGAUGGGGAUCCAACAGGAAAAGUUCAAUCUUAUAAGGUGGAGUGCAAAUUGUGAUAAAUACCUUGUGCGCGGUUAAUUAGGCUGGCCCUUUUUUUAAGCUUAAAGCUAUGUUCACGCCAUACUGGAUAGUUCUCGCGCCGGAACGAAAACCAUACUAGAUAGUCAUUCAGUCAGCUGGUCAGUCUGCAAGUCUCUCAGUCAUCCAGUCAGUCAGUCAGUCAAUAGCCCAUUCACAGACUCUCUCUUUUUUUUUCGAAGUCCGUUGAGCGUGGGUGAUAAAAAAUAAAAACCGCGGGGGAUUUAUUGACCGCCAACGCAAGGGGGUAGGGGUGGGGGGAGAAGAAAAAUAGACGUUCUUUAUUUUUCCUUCUCGCGCGCUCGCCGAUGUUUUCGAAAAGAACGAAAAGAAAAAUAAAACAACUUCUGUGUACAGGCUAGUCAGUCAGUCAGUUUGUCUGUUAAUCUCUCAGUCAGUGAGUCAUUCAGUGAGCCAGUCCGUCUUUUAGUCUCUCAGUCACUUAGUCAGACUGACUUCAGUUAGUCAGUCUGUAAAUCAGUUUUUCAAUCAGCCAGUCUCUCAUUCACUGGAGGUCUGACAAUCAGCCAGUCAGUCAAUUCGCAAUCUCAAUCAGUCAGUCAGUUAGUCACGCUGCCCCUGAAUCAGUCCGUUAGCCAGUGUGUUAAUCAUUCACUUAGUCAUUCACUGAUCACUAAUUUUGCUUGCUUGUGAUCUUAGGACCUGGCUAUUGAUCAGGUGCCCACCGUAGACCAAGUUGGUGUGGAUUCAAUUGUAUUCUUCCCCCAGGGAUCGUACGGAGCCACAGAAGGAAAUAACACCGGAGGAAUAAGGUUUCACCAGGGGAUUGUCACACGCGUCUGGAAGGUUCGUUACUCCUUUUUAAGAGCUCCCUGGUCCUUUUCUUAUUAUAUGUUUGGAAGCGAAAUAUUUUUUUAGUAGUUAUCAUCGAUAUUGAGACCCUGUUUUAGUUGCAUCACCAUUAAGUUAUUGGUUGUUUACCAUUUACAAAACGUUUUCGGAAAAUCCAGUUGGAGAGUAAAUGGAACACGACUUUCCAAGUCGUUCUAGGGGAAAAUUUCCGGGAGCAACGGAAUCUCUGAAAAGGUAGUCCUGUUUUUCCGGAUGGAAUAUUUCAAACGGAAAUUCGUGAUCAUUUCCUCUUCAAAGCCAUCUUUGAUUUGUACAUAUGGAAAACGGGAUUCUGGAACGAAAUUUACCAGUCGAAAAUUUUGCUUACCAUUUGCCGAAACCGUGGAGCGACCGGUUUGCCUAUGUGAAUGGUAAACAACUAUUCUCUAAGGGUGCUGUCCACAAGUCAGAACUGGCCGGCCGGACCAUGGCCAGACCAGUCAUUUUGUAAAUGAAACAGACUUUUUCCAAGGGUUUUUUUUGGCUGAAAAACAAAAACCAUCUCCUAAUUCUUCCUCCAGCCACAAAAUUAACCCAAUAUUGGUUACCCUGUGCGUCAUCAUAACGAGCGUAAUAUUAUUUGUGUUCGUCUCAGGACCCCUCUGGCGUCACCCGAUAUGAUGGCCACCACACCAAAGGAGAUGAAGACGGCAAAUGGGUCACAUACAGUGGAUACCAAUACAAUUUCCAAGGAAUACCUCUGGAAAAACUUAGGAUCUCACCUAAUGCCAUGGACGCACUGAUGGCGUGCCAACAGGCGUUCAGUUGA